GGCCGGGCCGGGAGGGUCCCGGGUCCUGCGGCCCGGCCGGCUGGUGAGACUGUCGGGGCAGACGCAGCGCCAUGCGCGCCCCUCCUGCCAGGGCGCUGCUGCUGUUUCCGCGCCGGGGCCCUGCUGUGCGAGCUUGGGCCCCGGCCGUCUCCUCUCGGACAUGGUUGGCUUCUGAGUGGACUCCGCUCGUACGCGCGUGGACCUCUCUGAUCCACGAGCCGAGCCCGGGCCUCCGCUUUCCCGUGCCCCUUUCGGGGCUGCCUGGCGGCGUGGGACGGUGGGCCACCUCCUCGGGGAUCCGCAGGUGUUGGGUGCUGGCAGGACCCCGCGCCGCGCAUCCCCUGUUCGCCAGGCUCCAGGGAGCAGCGGCCACCGGUGUGCGAGACCUUGGGAACGACUCGCAGCGGCGGCCCGCGACGACCGGGCGCUCAGAAGUGUGGAAGCUCCUGGGGUUGGUGCGCCCGGAGCGCGGGAGACUGUCAGCUGCGGUUGGCUUUCUUGCCGUGUCCAGUGUCAUCACCAUGUCGGCCCCCUUCUUCCUGGGGAAGAUCAUUGAUGUCAUCUACACCAACCCAACCGAGGACUUUGGCGACAGCCUGACUCGCCUCUGUGCUGGGCUCACCUGUGUGUUCCUGUGUGGCGCUGCCGCGAACAGCAUCCGUGUCUACCUCAUGCAGUCUUCAGGUCAGAGCAUUGUGAACAGGCUGCGCACCUCACUCUUCUCCUCCAUUCUAAGGCAAGAGGUUGCCUUCUUUGACAAGACCCGCACGGGCGAGUUGAUUAACCGCCUCUCUUCGGAUACCGCACUCCUGGGCCACUCCGUGACCGAGAAUCUCUCUGACGGGCUGAGGGCUGUGGCCCAGGCCUCGGUUGGUGUUGGCAUGAUGUUCUUUGUGUCACCAAGUCUGGCCACCUUUGUUCUGAGUGUGGUGCCACCUAUCUCUGUCCUCGCUGUGAUUUACGGGCGAUAUCUACGGAAACUGUCCAAAGCCACACAGGACUCUUUGGCAGAAGCCACACAGCUAGCUGAGGAGCGGAUUGGAAACAUAAGAACCAUCCGAGCUUUUGGGAAGGAGAUGACAGAAGUGGAGAAGUACACCAGCCGAGUGGACCAGUUGCUGCAGCUGGCACGGAAGGAGGCCUUGGCACGAGCCGGCUUCUUUGGAGCGGCUGGGCUCUCGGGAAACUUGAUUGUGCUGUCUGUCCUGUACAAAGGAGGCCUGUUGCUGGGCAGCACCCACAUGACAGUGGGCGAGCUCUCUUCCUUCCUCAUGUACGCUUUCUGGGUCGGACUGAGCAUCGGAGGUCUGAGUUCAUUCUACUCCCAGCUGAUGAAGGGCCUGGGUGCUGGCGGGCGGCUCUGGGAGCUGCUGGAGAGACAACCACGGCUGCCUUUUAACGAGGGGAUCGUGUUAGAUGAGAAAACCUUCCAGGGCGCCCUGGAGUUCAGAAAUGUGCAUUUCACGUACCCUGCUCGCCCGGAGGUGUCCGUGUUCCAGGAUUUCAGUCUUUCCAUCCCAUCUGGAUCUGUCACAGCGCUGGUUGGCCCUAGUGGUUCUGGGAAAUCAACGGUGGUCUCACUCCUGCUGCGGUUGUACGACCCCAGUUCUGGAACAGUCAGUCUUGAUGGCCAUGACAUUCGUCAGCUAAACCCCGUCUGGCUGAGAUCCAAGAUUGGGACAGUAAGUCAGGAGCCAGUCCUGUUCUCCUGCUCUGUUGCUGAAAACAUUGCCUAUGGUGCUGACAACCUCUCCUCGGUCACAGCCCGGCAGGUGGAGAGGGCCGCAGAAGUGGCCAAUGCUGCUGAGUUCAUUCGUAGCUUCCCACAGGGCUUCGACACUGUGGUCGGGGAGAAGGGUGUCCUCCUGUCUGGUGGGCAGAAGCAGAGGAUCGCAAUAGCCAGAGCUCUGCUGAAGAACCCCAAAAUUCUUCUCCUCGAUGAAGCAACCAGCGCACUGGAUGCCGAAAACGAGCACCUGGUCCAGGAGGCGCUUGACCGGCUGAUGGAGGGAAGAACCGUGUUGAUCAUAGCCCACCGCCUCUCCACCAUUAAGAACGCCAAUUUCGUUGCCGUCCUUAACCAAGGAAAGAUCUGUGAACAUGGGACACAUGAGGAGCUGCUUUUGAAGCCCAAUGGGCUUUACAGAAAACUGAUGAACAAGCAGAGUCUCCUGCUACAUAACGGGGCAGAGCAGUUCCUGGAACCUGCACAGGCGUAGCCUGCCAUCCAGCUCUCGGGUAGCUGAGGCCGAAGGACUGGACUCCAGCAUUUACUUAUCAAUACCCUGUCUAAAGACAGGGACAAAGCAGCGGUCAGGGGUGGGCUGUCUGAGAGACCUUAAAGCCAAACAGCAUUGGGGAACAGAUCCUAGAGGCUGAGUGAAGCCUGUGAGUACUUCGGUUGUUUGAAACAUGCCUCUUUCCACGAAGAAUGUACAAAAUUGUUUUAUGGGUGUACCUGUCCUCCCAGGCCUUUGUGCCGCUGUAAAAUUGUAACUUUCUAAAUGUCUAAGGCACUGACGUGACUGCAGGUUUCCAGUGUUUGCUGGCUGAGCGGAACACCUCACCUCCUGUGCUUGCUGCCAGAGUUGAGCUGGUCUCAGGUGACAGCUUUAAAAAGGGAACUGGAAACUAAAUGCCUAACCAGUUUAAGCCAGUUUCCUAAUCACUGGGGCACCUACCUGGGCCACUGAGGGAAAGUUUGCCUUUUCUGUCCCCUUCAUCUUCAGGUGUCGGAAUUCUGGGACACUACAGGCCGUCCGUACCUGUCAGAAUGUGCAGUGUCCCCAUCUGGGUACUGGAGAGCCUGAUGUAUUUGCCAAAGGUAGAAAUCCCGUUCUGUGAGCUGGAAAGCUUCUGUUUUUAUCACUUCCUCGUUCUUUGACUCCUUUUGAGAAGCAAGGUACAAACAACCAGGUAUUACCAACAGAGGUGAAUGAAAAUCCAUUUCACAUUCGUUGAAGCGUGUAUUUUGAGAAAAAAUACCCAUUUUAAAUAUGUAACUCACAGGUAUAUUGUAGUUUUAUAUUUUAAAUUUUUAUUAAUGAGGCCGAAUCUGAAUAAUAGAAUUUUCAGACUUGAGUACGGUGGCUCUUGCAGAAGCAAGGCAACAAAAGGAACGUCAUCCUUUGGAAAGCUUCAGAACUAAGACACGUUGUCCUGCUUCCAUUACGCUAAGUCCUACCACCCUCCGAAGUCGACCUGUAGUGGCGGCGAGUGUGGCUGCCCUGCCAAGCACAAGUGAGUCUUUAACAGAGUGCCAAGACCAGGAGGCGGAACAGUGCUGGGCCUGGGGGAAUGAGGCUCCUGGAUUGUCUAUCCUAGGUUUAGACAUGGCUCCUGUGAAGGAAAAACCUAGACCCAAGAGUGAAAUUGUUGCAGCAUCCAGUUCAUGUUGAAGAUUUCAGCACUCAUGAAAUAAGUGUUCUGGUUUCAAAAAAAAAAAAAAAAAAAAAAAAAA